UGGCCAACGCUGUCAGGUUAAACUGAGUAUCGUAUUUUUGUUCCUGUGUCAACGGAAUGAAGAAAAAGACGAGCAGUCAGUGACGCCGGACUAGGUUGACAUUAAAAGACACAUAUUACAGACAGUAACCGGAAAAGCGUCUCCUGUCCACGUCUACAACUAGUUCACCAACUCAGCAGAAGUAUUUUCAAAGAUGAACUCCAAUGUAGAGAAUUUGCCUCCUCAUGUUCUUCGCUUGGUCUACAAAGAAGUUUCAGCUUUGGCGGCAGACCCGCCUGAGGGUAUUAAAGUUUAUCCAAGUGAAGAAGACAUAACUGAACUGCACACGGCGAUCGAAGGCCCAGAGGGGACUCCAUUUGCUGGUGGCAUUUUCCGAAUGCGUCUGGUCCUUGGGAAGGACUUCCCCGCAGUUCCACCCAAGGGGUAUUUUCUGACCAAGAUUUUUCACCCGAACGUUGGUCACAAAGGAGAGAUCUGUGUCAACGUGUUGAAGAAGGAUUGGAAAGCAGAGCUGGGCCUCAGACACGUCCUACUAACGAUCAAGUGUCUCCUCAUCCAUCCAAACCCAGAGUCGGCUCUGAACGAAGAGGCCGGCCGUCUGCUGUUGGAAGACUACGCUGAGUACGAGUCUCGCGCUCGUCUGCUCACAGAGAUCCACGCCAUGGCUGGUCCUGGUGGAACCUCUGUGGCUCCGCAGGACACUAAUGACGGCCCCCAGCCAAAGAAGCAUGCGGGCGACCCUACGAAGAGAGCGGGGCCCAGCGCAGCAGCCGUGCCGGUGGCUUUGGGCAACGGGGCGAGCGGAGCCAGCACCACGAGCAGCAGCAACAGCAGCAACAGCAGCAGCAACAGCACAGCAGGAAAGAAAAAAGUGCGUAAAAAGCGUGCACUGAGGCGACUUUAAUACCUCCAAUAAAGUGUGUGUGUGUGUGUGUGUGUGCGCGCGCGUGUCCACAUUAGUGUAAGAGUGUGUAAAUAUAAAUAUUGACGUGUUUUGAUUAACCCUUUCCUGAUUCUUGGUGCCUCCAAGCCCAGACUCCAACCACUCUGUCAUGUCGUCGUUAACACGUCCUAUUUUUUAAACAUGAUGUGGAAAAACAAAUCAUUUUCUAAUUGAGAAUGCCAACGUUUUUGCGUGGAAAGUGGUACCAUAGUUUUCCUCUGGACUCAGUGGCCUCUUUUUAUCUGUCCAUUUGUGGAACAACAAACUUUUAUGAAGCUGAGCUUAGACAAAAAACCAACAAAAAGAAGCUCUUUUGAAUGCGUUGUUUGGUAAAUGCUGCUGCCACAGUACUGUGUACUGACCGGCCGCUCACUGUUCAGCCUCAACCUCCAUUCUACUUCAGUUCAAGACUUUUUUUUUGUUUGUUUUCCAAAAUAAUGGUCACAGAAAUUGUGAAAGGAAUUAUUAAAAACUAUUUUUAGACUGAUUUUCUUUUCCCAAACCGAAUCUUGAGCAGUAAAGGUUUGGAACAAGUCUUUUUGAUGCCAGCUGGUCUUUGGUUCUUUUGUCAAAAUUUCCCCUUAGGAUUUUUUAAAUGUCUCUAAAAUGGUUUGACUGUCCAACAUUUUCAGUAGUUGUUUGUAGUUGAUGUCCAGCUGGUCGGUCGGUCGGUCGGUCAGUGGACACCUACGUUAUUGGGAACCGACGCCUCUAAGCUCUGUGUUCAACACUGAUGUGGUUGAAGCCUCCUCCUUUACCCAGAAGGCAGUGGGAGCUCGCUGACCUGCCGUGUGGGAACAGCAGAACAUUGACAUCUACAACCCAGGCAGGUGUUCUGGAUUUUCUAAGUACACGUGGGCUUUUACAUUUCCCAAGGAAACACACUGAAGUACUGUGGUUUUAUAGAGACGUGGACGAGAAGGUGCUGCUCACAAUGUUACUGUGCACAACCGGAGCUGGACAACCUUCUGUCCAUUUUAAAUUAUUUAAAUAAAUAAAAGGUUGAAACAUGA